AUGGAGAGUCCCACUUGGAAGACGGUAGAUGAGAAUCGGCAACGAGUUGUCGACUCGGGUUGUCUCCCUCAACUGGUGAAACUGCUGACACACGACUCGUUACUUCAAUUCGCUAUCCCGGUUUUAUUUAAUAUAUGCGUUGACUACGAACCGGCUCAGGCAGCGGCCUCUAAAGCUCAUCUAGGCAUAUAUCUAAUCGACCUCAUUCAGACUCGCCCGUUACAGGAAAAGGCGCUACCAUACAUGAAUAUCAUCUAUAAGUUGCUAGGCAUGGCAGUUGCUCAAGAAUUCGAGCCCGACUUGAUAAACCCUCAGGCGCCGUAUCUUCUCUUGUCACAAUCCACCCUAGAUGCCUCUGAACAAGGGUUUCCAGAUUUCGACGGCUUCCUAGGGCUAUCAUCGGCCGCAUUGGCAUAUCUCUCUCAUCAGAAGCUCCAAGACAGCUUCCUCGAGACCCCUGGCGCCGUCGCCAUAUUCAUCUCAGCUUUUCAAAGAGUUAUCAAAGGUGUUUCUGUCUUCAAUAUUGACGAUACCGAUGAGCAGGCGCAACUUGCCCAGCUACAAUCCAUGUAUACCAAAACUUGGGCGGACCUGUCUGCUCACCCUCAAUUCGCCUCUUUAUGCUCGCUGGAUAGUCCGGUAGCCGGUCUGCUGCUCGGCUGGAUUUCUUCAUCUCAUGAUAUGGAACUCCAGAUUGCAGCUUGCCUAGCCUUCGGUAACAUCGCUCGUACCGACGCUCAAAGUAUCGCCUUAGUACAGGAGAUGUCUGUGCAUAAGUCGAUAAUCCCCAUCCUAUCCUCCGACUUAGAAACAGAUGCCCAGCUGCUCCAUUGCGCUCUUAGCUUCUUGAAGAACUUAUCCAUUCCCGCGAGCAAUAAAGCCGUGCUAGGCAGUGCGGGCCUACUGGACCCCAGUGUUCUGCCCCGGAUAUGGGAUCUUGACACGCAGCCGCAAGUCCAAUUUGACGCCGUGUCGCUCACACGUAUCCUCCUUGUCAACUGCCCCGAAAACGUGCGACGUGUCUGUGUAACCUCAGAUACGCAAAGCAGGACUCCUAUACAACAAUUAAUAGACCUACACAGCAAAGCUGACCAGGAGCCUACUAAGAUGGAAACAGCCCGCGCCGUAGCCGGCGUCUGCCGCGUCCUACACUCUGACAAACCGGCCGGGUCUUCACUCCUCCCCGAGUCGUCACCCUCGCCUGCUUCCGAAGAUGAGGCCAGCUCGCUCCUGCGGGAUUUCUACGGCAAGCAUCCCGCUCUACUAGACACGUUAUUAUAUCUCGGUCUCCAGACCAAAUUCCCCGUCUUACGAUCAGACCUAUGGUUCGUUCUCGCACUCAUGGCACGCUCCGCCGAAGGAUUUUCCAUCGUAAAACAGGCUAUAUUGCAACAUCCUGAACUGAAAGAUCUCCUUGCAGCGGCUGUCGCAGGUGAGCGUGAGGCGAACCAAGAGGCAAGCAGUAACCCACCCGCAGGGAACGGGUUAGAUCUCUCGGCGAUAGGUCAGCUGGAACCGCAGCAAGUAGACCCAAAGAAGACCGCAGCGAUGACCAAAGUAGAUCGAGAAAACGCCCUAGUACUAAUCGCUGAGCUGGCGAGGGGUGGCCCGGACGAACUCCGCUCUGACAUGAGGGAAGUUUUUGUCCAGAUGCUGAAAACGGGAGGGCAGCUAGUACUCGGCGAUAGAAACGAGAAUGUCGAAUCUGCAACUAGUCAGUGA